AUGGCUACCGCCCAUGAGACUACUGCCGCUGAGGCACUCCAGCACGGUCAAGAGGUCGCUGACCACCACCCCCAUCUCUACGGCGCUACCAUCAACGACUCCAACGUCGCCGGCGCCCAUGUUUCCCUCGAGAAGCCCGGUGCGCUGACUACCGGCUCCGGAUCUGAUGGUGCUUCCUUUAUCCAAGAGGACGACGGCAUCGGCGGUAUCAGGCCUACCGCUGAGGAAUUGAAGACCCUCCGCAAGGUCGGAGAGCCUCUUCCCAAGAGUGCUUUCUUGGUCGCCAUCGUCGAGCUCUGUGAGCGUUUCACCUACUAUGGUGCUUCCGGUAUCUUCCAAAACUACAUCUCGCGUCCUCGCGACGGUUCAGAAGGUCGUGGUGCGCUCGGUAUGGGCCACCAGGGAGCCACUGGUCUCUCCACCUUCUUCCAGUUCUGGUGCUACGUCACUCCCAUUCUCGGUGCCAUCAUUGCCGAUCAAUACCUUGGAAAGUACAACACCAUUGUCAUCUUCUGCUGUGUCUACAUCGUCGGUCUUAUCAUCCUUACCUGCACAUCUAUCCCGGCUGCUCUCGACCACGGCGCUGGACUCGGUGGUUUCAUCGUUGCCAUCAUUGUCAUUGGUCUUGGAACUGGUGGUAUCAAGUCCAACGUUGCUCCCUUGAUUGCCGACCAAUACAAGAGGAGGCAGAUGGUCAUUGGCCAUGACGACAAGACUGGCGAGAAAGUUAUCAUCGAUCCUGCCAUUACUAUCCAGAGGAUUUACAUGAUCUUCUACUGGUGCAUUAACGCCGGAUCUCUGUCUCUGCUCGCCACCCCCUACAUGGAGCGUGACGUUGAUUUCUGGUCCGCCUACCUGCUUUGCCUCUGCGUCUUCUUCGUUGGACUGCUCGUCCUCGUCCUCGGUCGCAAGGUCUACGUUGUCCGACCUCCUCAGGGAUCCAUCAUUACUGAUGCUUUCCGCGUUAUCUGGCUGAUGAUCAAGAACCGCAAGAUGGACGCUGCUAAGCCUUCCUACCAGGCCGGCAUGGGCAAGACCAAGGUUUUCAACUGGGACGACCACUUUGUCGAUGAAGUUAAGCGCGCUCUCAUCGCUUGCCAGGUCUUCGCUUUCUACCCAAUCUACUGGGUUGUUUACGGCAACUUCUCCAACAACUUCGUCACUCAGGCCGGUCAAAUGCGUGGCCACGGUAUUCCCAACGACCUGAUGCAGAACUUCGAUCCCAUCGCCAUUAUCGUUUUCUUGCCCAUUGUUGACCAGUGGCUCAUGCCCACGCUCCGCAAGCACAAGAUUCCGUUCCCUCCGAUCAACCGUAUCGUAGCCGGAUUCUGGAUCGCCUCUUUCGCCAUGGUCUACGCUUGCGUCAUCCAAUACUACAUCUACCAAUCCGGGCCUUGCUACGCGCACCCCGGUGCGUGUGACGCUGAUCUCGUCGAUGGCGUUCACCAGGGAAACAACAUUCACAUUGCCGCUCAAACUGGUGCUUACAUGCUCAUCGGUCUCUCUGAGAUCUUCGCAUCUGUCACUGGUCUCGAGUACGCAUACACCAAAGCCCCGCCCAGCAUGAAGUCGUUCGUUCAGUCCAUGUACCUCCUUACCAACGCUUUCGGAUCUGCUAUUUCUGAGGCACUCAACCCGCUCGUUGUCGACCCCAAGAUCCAGUGGAUGUUUGCUGGUCUUGCUGUUUCGUCGUUCAUUGCUGGUUGCAUCAUCUGGAUUCUGUUCCACCACCUCAACGACACUGAGGACGAGAUGAACCAGCUUGACCAGGACUACGAUAAGGACCCAACCAUGAGGAGGAGCAGUGUGCACGGAGACCGCACUGUUGGUGUUCACCACUCUAUUGACGAGAAGGCAUAG